AUGCCGUCGGUUUCGAAAGCGGCGGCGGCGGCGGUGGCGCUGAGCGGAUCCCCUCCCCAGACGGAGAAACCGACUCAUUACAGGUAUCUAAAGGAAUUUAGGACAGAACAGUGCCCCCUGUUUUUGCAGCACAAGUGUACACAACACAGACCAUUUACCUGUUUUCAUUGGCAUUUCCUAAAUCAGCGUCGCCGUAGACCCAUCCGAAGGCGUGAUGGAACUUUUAAUUAUAGUCCUGAUGUAUAUUGUACAAAAUAUGAUGAGACUACAGGAAUUUGUCCGGAUGGUGAUGAAUGUCCUUAUUUACAUCGGACCACUGGGGACACUGAAAGAAAGUAUCAUCUCAGAUAUUACAAGACUGGUACAUGUAUACAUGAAACAGAUGCUCGUGGCCAUUGUGUGAAGAAUGGACUCCAUUGUGCCUUUGCUCAUGGCCCUCUUGAUCUUAGACCACCAGUAUAUGAUAUAAGGGAACUUCAGGCACAAGAAGCCUUACAAAAUGGCCAGCUGGGCAGUGGCGACAGCAUUCCUGAUUUACAACCUGGAGUCUUAGCUAGCCAGGCAAUGAUAGAAAAAAUCCUUGGGGAAGAUCCCAGGUGGCAAGAUACCAAUUUUGUCUUAGGUGGCUACAAGACUGAACAGUGUCCAAAGCCACCUCGUCUCUGUCGUCAGGGCUACGCUUGUCCACAUUAUCACAAUAGUAGAGAUCGAAGACGAAAUCCCAGGAAAUUUAAGUACAGGUCCACUCCAUGCCCCAGUGUAAAACAUGGAGAUGAAUGGGGGGAACCUUCAAAAUGUGAAAGUGGGGAUAACUGUCAGUAUUGUCAUUCUCGUACUGAACAACAAUUUCACCCUGAGAUUUAUAAAUCUACAAAGUGCAAUGAUAUGCGACAAACUGGGUACUGCCCUCGGGGUCCAUUUUGUGCUUUUGCACAUGUUGAAAAGGAUACCAUGAAUGUAGUUAUGAUACAAAACAGUGGUCAGUCAAAGCCUGGUGCUCACAUGUUCUCAGCAGAGAGUAUAGGAAUCACAAAUGACUGGAACUGCCAUGAUCCAAAUGCCACAAACAACAUUACAAGUAAUAAUGGGCAGCCUGGAAAUAUCUCCUGUUCCAAUAGUCCAACAGUAACAUCAAGCUCUGGUAGCAGUAGUUCCUUGUCUCCUAUUGGACCCCUUUGUAGGCAAAGAUCAUUAGCAAAUGGUGGUUUAUGUUCAGAAUCUACCACAUCAGGCGUUUCUUCACCAACUUCUAGCUAUCCAAAAGCACCAGGUUUUGAACGAGAGGAUCAGGCGAAACAGAGAAAUUUGCCUACUGAAAAUAACCAGAAAAUAAGUGAACAAGACAAUAAACAGAACCACCUCAGUGUGUUUGCAGUGGUUAACCCACUUGCUUCAAGUAUAACCUCCAGUAUAACUUCUAGUCUGGCUUCCAGUAUUGGAUCAGGUAGUUCAUCCCCUACAACUCUAUCAGCUAUCAAUGCCAAAGCUCUCCCGUUCUACCCUCCGAGUAAUACAGUUGAAUCAGUAAUAGGUUCUGCUUUAGAUCUACAUUUUAGUGAUAUAAAUGUUGCAUCCCUAGAUAAAGAACUAGAAGAUCAAGAAACCAGUGACCUUGGAUUAACAAGUCAAAGGUUACUGGGAAGUUCAGCUCCUGUCAAUAUUCCAGGUUCUCUUCCUCGUUCACCAUCUUUGCAUUCAUCAUCAUCUCUCUCAACCUCCCCACUCAGUUCCUUAUCUCAGUCAUUAUCUCAGCCUCUUAUUCCAUCCACUAUGACUCCUCACCAACAGCAGCCUCAGCAUUUGAAAUCAGAACAUGUUUUAGGCACUUCAGCCUCUUCCCAUAAUUCUUUAGGUUUAAAUGGUGUCAAUGGCAGCAUCUGGGAUUUUGUAACUGGGAGUUUCUCUCCUAGUCCUUCCCCUAUUUUGAGCACUGGAACUGGCCCUUCAGCAAACUCAAGUGCUCAUGGCAGCGAAUUAGCUCGAGUCAGGCGGGAACUUGAUGAGGCCAAGAGAAAAAUCAAACAGUGGGAAGAUUCUUGGCAACAAGUAAAACAGGCUUGUGAUGCAUGGCAGAGAGAGGCCCAUGAAGCAAAGGAACGUGCUAAAGUAGCAGAUACUGACAAACAGCUAGCAUUACAGAAGAAGGAAGAAGUUGAAAAUAAAUUUAAACGGCUACAGGAAGAGUUUGAAAGGCUUGGUUUAUCCUCUAAAUUUCCUGUUCUGAGAAGCUAUGGAGACAUAGAAACCAUCCCUUUACCAAAGCUGCAUUCAUUACAAAGUCAGCUACGUUUAGAUUUAGAAACUGUGGAUGGGGUAAUCUUUCAACUUCAUUCAAAAAAAUGUGUCGUGUGCCAUGAACAUGAUCGUAGCAUCGUCCUGCAGCCUUGUCAGCAUUAUGUCCUCUGUGAGCACUGUGUAUCUAGUCAGCCUGAAUGUCCUUACUGCAAGGCCCAGCCGAUCAAGUGGUGACCCCCGGCCCUGGUACUCAUGACUGUAGCUCUGUAUGAAAUGACAUCUGCUAUAUCAUGGUAACUAAUUAAGGACACUAUUUUAUGUUCCUAGUAUUUUAUAUAAAGACAGAUGUAGUAGUUCAUUUAUUAGUGACAGACUGAUGAUCACAAUCUGGACCUCUGAGGAGAUAGAAAAUGGUAGGUUUUUUUUUUUAAUGACUAUUAUGUGACUGCCUUUACAUAUUGACUUUUUUGUUUUUUUUUACCAACCAUGUCCUGAUGUUUCAUGGCUACUUUGAUCUUCAGAACCCUUAAAAAUACACAGAACCAAUUCAUCUGCUCAGUCCAUUCUGAGUUAAGCAUAGACACGGUGUCUAUUCCGAAUGUUGUUCAGUGGGGAAUGGAAGUAUCUCUGUUACGUGAUAGCCAACCUCAUUGAAAAAUGUCCCUCGGAGCAUUCUAAUCCAUGACCUGUUGGUGUGUGUGUGUUAUAAAUCAUGCCAGUAUUUUGGAAUCAGUCUAACACUACUGUUUACUAGGUUAUUAGAAGAAGUUUGAUUCUUGUGAAAGCACUUUGUUAACCAGGGGGUUUAGUUAGAGGUUAUGAUGUUGUUUUAAAUUGCUUUAAGCUGCUUUCUAGGUUUCAUGUUUUUUUAAUAUACGAUAAUAUGAAGCUUUAUAUGUGUACUGUGAACUUAAAAUAUUUCAUAUCAGUUUAUUAUUGUUAAAUCAUAGUAUGGUAAAUAUAUUGUUAGAUUUCAUAUUCUGAAAUUAGUACUUAUUAAAUGAACAUUUAUCUAGUAGUGAAAAACUUGCCUAGGAUUUUUACAGUUUUCAAAUUAAGUGCAAACAGAUAGUAUUUAUAAGCAAAGAGAGUGAUUAUUGAAAGGCACAUAUACUUAAGCAUUUAGAUAGGUUUUUAAUUUUAUGAAAGGAACUAAUUUUCCUAAACAUGUGCAUUUGCACAUAUUCUAAUUGGAGUUUUGUAAUCCUGAUGAAAUGAUUUUAAGAGAGAUCUAUCAUGCAUUUAUAUGAUCCAUGGCCACUUUUUCCAAGUGCCUAUAUACCUUGCAAAAGAAUUGAAGGAAACAGCUUAUAUUUUUGUUUUGUUCUUUUAUCCCUUAAAAAUGUGCAAGACAAUUUGAUACUAACAAAAAUCCUUACCUUUCUGUAAUGAUAGCAACUCAAUAUAAUAUCUUGUAAGGGAUGUGACACUAGAAUUUUUAAAAUUAAAUUAAACUACACAGCUAUGUUCUGGUGAUCAAACUAUUUAGGUCUUUAAUCAGGCAAUGGUGCUUUGUAAUUUUUUUAGAGAUGUUGAUAGUCAUUCAUAUU